GCCCACCUGUCAGCCAUGAACACCUCGUGCUGCCCACCGCCUGCCCAGCCCACGCUGCCCGACGGCUCGGAGCACCUCCCGGCCCCCGGCCCGGGCACCCACAGCGGCGGCUGCGAGCAGGUCUUCAUCCAGCCCGAGGCCUUCCUGGUGCUGGGCGUGGUCAGCCUGCUGGAGGACGCCCUGGUCAUCCUGGCCGUGGCCUGCAACAGCAGCCUGCACUCCCCCAUGUACCUGUUCCUGUGCAGCCUGGCCGCGGCCGACAUGCUGGUGAGCGUGUCCAAUGUGCUGGAGACCGCCGUGAUCGCCGGGGUCAACAGCGAGGCCCUGGUCUUCGGGGACCAGCUCCUGCAGCAGGUGGACGACGUCUUCGACUCCAUGAUCUGCAUCUCCCUGGUGGCGUCCAUCUGCAACCUCCUGGCCAUCGCCCUGGACAGGUACGUGACCAUCUUCUACGCGCUCCGCUACCACAGCAUCGUGACGGCGGGGAGGGCGCGCGCCCUGGUCGUGGCCGUCUGGGCGGGCUGCGGCGUCUACUCCGAGAGCAAGAUGGUCAUCGUGUGCCUCGUCACGCUGUUCUUCGCCAUGCUGCUGCUCACGGCCGCCCUCUACCUGCACAUGCUGCUGUUCGCCCGGCUGCACGGGCAGCGCAUCGCGGCCCUGCCGCCCGCCGCCGCCAGGGCCGCCCCGCCGCCGCGCUCCUGCCUCAAGGGGGCCGGCACCGUCACCAUCCUGCCGGGCGUCUUCGUGGUCUGCUGGGCACCCUUCUUCGUCCACCUGGUGCUCAUCAUCGCCUGCCCCGCCAACCCCCCCUGCGUCUGCUACUCCGCCCACUUCGACGUCUACCUGGUGCUCGUCACGUGCAACGCCGUCCUGGACCCCCUCAUCUACGCCUUCCGCAGCCCGGAGCUCAGGGACACCUUCCGGGAGAUUCUGUGCGGCUGCUGGGGGCCGUGA